GGAGGGUAAAGGUCGCUCGGAGUAGAUAGGCGGGAGGCAACCAGGACGGGACGGUCUCACUGCUGGAGCAGCCAUGGCAGAAGAAGCGCAGAAGAGGCCCCCUCAGGCGCCCAUCAGCCCCAUAAAGAACUUCUUCGCAGGAGGCUUCGGGGGCGUCUGUUUGGUCUUCGUUGGGCACCCGUUAGACACUAUCAAGGUCAGACUACAGACUCAGCCAAAACCAUUGCCAGGAGAGUCUCUACUGUACUCUGGGACUUUUGACUGCUUCAAAAAGACUCUUGUUCGAGAGGGAGUCCGAGGCUUGUACAAGGGCAUGGCAGCUCCAAUUUUUGGGGUGACCCCCAUGUUUGCUGUAUGUUUCUUCGGAUUUGGCUUGGGCAAAAAACUCCAGCAGAGAACCCCUGACGACAUUCUGACGUAUCCUCAGCUGUUUGCAGCAGGCAUGUUAUCUGGGGUGUUCACCACUGCAAUCAUGGCUCCGGGAGAGAGAAUCAAAUGUCUUCUACAGAUCCAGGCAGCCUCAGGUGAAGCCAAAUAUGGAGGGCCUUUGGACUGUGCCAAACAACUGUAUCGCGAAGCCGGAAUUCGAGGUGUAUACAAAGGAACGGUGCUAACUCUCAUGAGAGAUGUUCCAGCCAGUGGGAUGUACUUCAUGACCUAUGAAUGGCUGAAAAAUAUUUUGACACCUGAAGGGCAGAGUGUCAGUGAUCUCAGUGUACCCAGGAUUCUCUUUGCUGGUGGCAUGGCAGGGAUCUUCAACUGGGCUGUUGGGAUCCCACCAGAUGUAUUGAAAUCCCGCUUCCAGACAGCUCCCCCAGGGAAGUAUCCCAAUGGCUUCCGAGAUGUCCUGAGAGAGCUUCUUCGAGAGGAGGGUGUGAUGUCUCUCUACAAGGGAUUCACCGCUGUGAUGAUCAGGGCCUUCCCUGCCAAUGCUGCCUGUUUCCUUGGCUUUGAAGUUGCCAUGAAGUUCCUAAACUGGCUUGUACCCGGAUAUUGAGGACCAGUAGAGGGUGUUCCAAAGGGAAAUCAACGACCAGGAGCAAGAAUGCAACUACCUGUGAGGAAAAAGAUGGACUGAUAAAAUGAAAUAAGCUCUAGAAAAGGCUAGCUUUCUAAUAACCUUUCUUGCCUUACUCACACCCUCUGGGUGGAGCUAUGUUGCCAUUUUGGAAUCCUGAGCCUCUUCCCAUCCAGAGGUCUAGAGAAGUUCAAGACACACAACCUGCCUUCUGAACCCAAAGUUACCACAGUGGGUAAUGCUGCUAAUCAAAAACCUUAGUGCUAUUAAUAGGAAGUGAGUUCUUUUCUCAUUUGCCUCCUUUGGAAACAAAAGAGGAAGUUUCUGAUUCUCUCCCCCUCCCCUCUCUUUAGUAAGGGGUGCUCCCAAAAAGCUUGGGGAAGGGAGGUGGGGGAAAGUUACUGUGCAUUUAAAUCUCAGGAUAGAACUUAAUACUUAAUUGCUUGCACCACUGUAAGAAGAGUAUUUUGAUUAGAUUUGCAUAGAUUGCGUACUGUCUGCUCCCAGUGUUCAGGGGUAGGCUCCACUGAAAUGCAUGGGAGUCAAGCAGAAGCAUAAGUGCUCUUGUGCAAGUCCCAUUCAUCUUGAGGCACUCACACAGCACAGGCAGACACUGACUGUAAGUCUCCACUGGUUGUCUUGAUGUUAUGAUCCACAGUCAGAUAGCAUGUCCAUGUUGUAUGCUGAGCUAUGCAUGUAAAUUUUAAUGUAGGGGGGUGGAAAGGACUGAACCCCAGUGAAAUGUAGCUUGGGAGCCAUUGAAUCUGGGUAGUUGAAUCACUGAAGGUUAUGUGCCUUGAAUGUAGUAUAUGGUGAAAAUCUCAAACAGGUGAACUAGAGAGGUAAGGAGAUAGUUGACAGAAUGUUUCUUGCAGAUUCCCAUGCUGGUUUGGAAUGAGCAGUCAAACUGUAACAUAUACUCCCUCUCCCCACCCCCUUUCUCUAAAAUCUUCUAGUAGGUGCUUUCUGGGGAACUUGAUGUAUUCCAGAGCUACAACUUCAUUGGUGUCAUGUUAACUACAUGGUAUGUUUGAAGUGCCAAAUGAGAAAUUCUGGUACAUGCAGUAUCUAUAGCUGUAUAAUGAGGAUUUCAUAGCGAGGAGGAAUUUUAAAACUUGCUUCUAAAGCUGAAGAGGACUGAAAUAGGAUAACUGCCUUCAGAAUAAUUCUGUUUUCACUGCAGCUCUGCCUCAAAAGGACUUUAUUACAUGCAAUCAUAUUUUUUUAAACUGAAGCCAUCCAGUGCACAAAGAAUUGAGACAGAACUAUCAGUCUAUAAAAUGUUUCACUGGGAUGAAUUGAUAUCCUGUUUUUUUUAGGACUCAAUAAAGUUUGCUGAUUCUCAGCUA